AUGGCAGACAAGACAUCAACUAGUUUAUUGAGAGGAGGACAGGGCCAGCUACAGAUGGACCAACGGCUCUUGGAAGCAUCCACAUCCGGCAAUUCCACAUCAAUGAAGGAGAUGGCCUCGCGAAAUCCAUGCAUUCUUCUUGGAACAACUCUAGCUAGGAACACCUGUCUUCACAUAUCCUCGACCCACGGGCACCAGGCAUUUUGCACGGAUGUGGUGGCGCUGGAGGAGUCUCUCCUCACUGCAGUAAACUUGGAUUGGGAGACGCCACUUCUUGCCGCGGUGAAAAGUGGUUUUGUCAUCUUGGCUUCCGUUCUAAUCCAAUGCUACCGUGCACGGGGACUCAUAGAGGCAAUCUUGUGGCAAGACAUUGAUGGCUGCAAUGUACUGCACCACGCAAUACGCAGUGGCCACAGGGAGCUUGCGCUGAAGCUGAUAGAGGCAGCACCCGCUCUGUCGACACAUGUGAACAUAUUUAACGAGUCACCCAUGUACAUCGCAGCGAUGAGAGACUUCACUGAUAUUUCAGAGAAAUUACUGGAAAUUCCUGACUCUGCUCAUAUGGGACCAUUCGGCAAUAACACUCUGCUGGCUGCUGUGAGAAAUGCAAACUCAGGUUUGGCAAAAAGAAUUAUGGAAACACGUCCUUGGCUGGCCAGAGAAACUAACAAAACGGGAGCUACUCCACUAAGUGUAGCUUUAUAUCUUCACCAGAUUGGCGUGGUACGCGUAUUGCUGGAACAUGAUUGCUCUUUAGGGUAUAAGGUGCCAAGUAACGGCGCACCUUUCCUUAGUCAAGCUGCAGCUGGAGGACAUAUCGAUGUUGCUCAAGUGCUUCUUCACCACUGUCCUGAUACUCCUUACCGUGCAACAAAUGAUCCGUAUUGGACGUGCCUUCAUACAGCUAUAGACCAAGAUCACGUGGAGUUUGUGGAAUUCAUUUUGAGAACUCCACAACUUCGUAAACUCAUUAAUAUGCGAGACGUGUAUGGGAAAACUGCUCUACAUUAUGCAGUACAGAGCUGCAAUCCAAAAAUGGUUGCUGCUUUGCUGUCUCACGAAGAUAUAGACAUAUCGGUGCUUGAUAAUCAUGGUAAUGUACCAGCUUGGGAAUUGAUGGACUUCGCGGAUCAUGCCAAGACUUUAAAUUGGAAUGAAGUGAACAUGCUUAUGCUGAGAGCUGAUCCCAGAUGUGCCACCAUAUCUUAUAAUCUUCACAGACGUACAAAACAGCAGGCGACUAUGAAAUCAAGGAUGGAAGCGAAGUCACUAACUAAAACAUACACAAGUAACACUUCGUUAGUGGCGAUACUCAUGGCAACAAUAACCUUUGCAGCCGCCUUCACCCUUCCUGGAGGUUAUGACAAUGAUGCUGGAAGUGAGGGACUUCCCAUCAUGUCUAGGAAGUUUGCAUUCCAGGCAUUCUUGAUUUCUGACGUCUUGGCAUUGUGCUCCUCGUUUGCCGUGGCCUUCAUAUGCAUCAUAGCAAGGUGGGAGGAUUACGAGUUCUUGAUUUAUUACAGAUCCUUCACUAAGAAGCUCAUGUGGUUUGCAUACGUGGCAACUACUACUGCCUUUUCAACUGGUUUAUACACUGUGCUGGCUUCACGCCUCCACUGGUUAGCCAUUGCAAUUUGUCUUAUGGUAGCUUUGUUGCCCAUUCUCACAAAGCUGCUUGGUGAAUGGCCUAUCUUGAAGCUCAGAUUGAAGUUGGGUAAAGAUUUCAAGUCUGAUUUCCUUGAUAUGGUCUGA